AUGGAGGAACAGCACAACGGCAAGUCAGCCGGAGACCGGCGAUCCCGGCAGUACUACUAUGGCUUCCCGGCAGGCACCACCAUCCCCCUCGUCUUCGUUCUCCUGGUCGCCGGCUCGCUGUUCCUCAUCCUCGGCCCGAGCAACUCCGUGCUCACCCUCCCCACCCUCCGCGUCGUCUUCAACAACCCCAUCCACAUCUCCGCCGCAGCUACUCCGCCACCGCCAGCGCCGCCGCCCGCAGCAAACAACGCGAGCGAGGAGGACAUCGAGGACAUUGGCCUCCCGCCGCCCCGGCAGCUGAGUGACCCGCCUUACUCGCUGGGCCGCGCCAUCCCGGACUACGACGCGCGCCGGUCCGCGUGGCUCGCCGCGCACCCGGAGUUCCCGGCGCGCGUGCAUCCCGCGGGCCGUCCACGCGUGCUGCUCGUGACGGGCUCCGCGCCGUACCGGUGCCCGGACCCGGACGGCGACCACCUGCUGCUGCGCGCGUUCAAGAACAAGGCAGACUACUGCCGCGUCCACGGCCUGGAGGUGUUCUACAACACGGCGUUCUUGGACCACGAGAUGUCCGGGUUCUGGGCGAAGCUGCCGCUGCUGCGGUCGCUGAUGAUGGCGCACCCGGAGGUGGAGUUCAUAUGGUGGAUGGACUCGGACGCGGUGUUCACGGACAUGGCGUUCGAGCUGCCGUGGGAGCGGUACGCGGCGCACAACCUCGUGGUCCACGGGUGGGAGGCCAAGAUGUACGAGGAGAAGAGCUGGGUCGGCAUCAACACCGGCAGCUUCCUCAUCCGCAACUGCCAGUGGUCGCUCGACCUCCUCCACGCGAUAGCGCCCAUGGGGGCCCGCGGGCCCGUGCGCGACAUGCACGGCGAGCUCUUCGCCAAGGAGCUCUCCGGCCGCCCGCCGUUCGAGGCCGACGACCAGUCGGCGCUCAUCUACCUGCUCGUCACGCAGCGGGAGAAGUGGGGCAGCAAGGUGUUCUUCGAGAACUCGUACGAACUCAACGGGUUCUGGGAGCUCAUAGUGGACAGGUACGAGGAGAUGCGGCGGGAGGGGCGGUGGCCGCUGGUGACGCACUUCGUCGGAUGCAAGCCAUGCCGCCGGUACGCGGACAGCUAUCCGGCGGACCGGUGCCGUCUCGGGAUGGAGCGCGCCUUCAACUUCGCCGAUGACCAGAUACUGAAGCUGUACGGGUUCGGGCACGAGUCGCUCAACGGCACCGCCGUGCAGCGCGUCGGGAAUGACACCGGCGGCCCGCUGGACGCGGAGGACCAAGAGCUCGGCCGGCUGUUGCACCCCACGUUCAGGGCGGUCGCAAAGACAGCGUAG